AGAUCACCUCUCCCUUCUUCAGAUUCAACUCCGCCUUGCCGUUGCCGCGAAAAUCAAAUAUUACCUGGGACACACGCAGCAGAUACACACACACAGACACACACACACACACACAAACACACAUACAAAGAAGAAACCACACACACGCACAUCAGAGAGAGGCGAGAGGAACAAGAGAGGAGAGAGACGGACACAUUCAACACAAAGAGAGAAGAGACGGUGAGAGAAGACAGCUGACAAAAUGUCAAUGACAGAUCUGUUGAAAGCCGAGGAGAUCAAGAAAGCUCUUGAAGCAUUUGCCGGAGAAACCUUCGACCCUAAAAAGUUCUUUGAAAUGGUGGGAAUGAAGGCCAUGUCAGCUGAAAACGUCAAGAAGGUCUUCCAGGUUCUGGAUGUGGACGGUAGCGGCUUCAUAGAGGAGGAGGAGCUCAAGUUUGUACUGAAGGGCUUUUCCAAGGAAGGCCGAGAUCUAACUGACUCUGAGACAACAGCAUUCCUCAAAGCCGCAGACAAGGAUGGAGACGGCAAGAUUGGCAUUGAUGAGUUUGAAAUCUUGGUGCAUGAGUAGGGGAUAGCUGAAUGUCCCCCUCCCCCCUCCUCCUCCUCCUCAUCUUCAUCCCUGCAUUCAUAUUUUAUAACUACCACUACUCCUCUCACCUUCCUGGGGACCCUGCACAUGGAGUCAGAC